AUGAACUUUUCGCCAUCGGCUUCGGCUAACACGGUUACAUGCUUCAUGGGCACGGCUUUCCUACUCGCGCUCCUCGGCGGCUUCUUGUCCGAUUCCUACCUAACUACCUAUUGCAUCUAUGUCAUAAGUGCAAUAACACAACUUUUGGGCCUCUUGAUCCUCACAUUGCAAGCUCACUCGUCGUCCCUACAACCGCCUGUCUUGAUCUCCGCAACACGCAAUCGCCGGGCAACUCCAAGUAGUCGACCCACUCGCACCACCCUACCGAACACAACGUUCCUCGACCGAGCGAUAUCCGACCCGCCGGGCCCACACGACGACCCCCAAUAUUCUCCUUGGCUCCACUGCACAGUAUCCCAAGUCGAGGACUCGAAAUCCGUCCUCCGAACCCUCCCCAUCUUUGCCUCGACCGUCAUGCUCAACUGCUGCCUCGCCCAGCUGUCGACCUUCUCCGUUCAACAAGCCGCCACCAUGGACACGCGCCUCGUCGGCACCACCUUUCGAGUCCCACCGGCCUCCCUCCCGGUUUUCCCGGUCCUUUUUGUGCUCAUACUCGCGCCCGUUUACAACCACGUCAUCCUACCGUUUUUUUCCCGACGGGACACGGGCUCCGAGCCCGGGAUAACCCAUCUCCAACGCAUAGGAACGGGCCUCGGUUUCUCGGUCUUGGCCAUGGCCACAGCAGCCCUAGUCGAGACCAAGCGUAAACGGGCCGCGGCCCGGUCGGGCCUUGCCGGGUCCACGGAGCCCAUACCGAUUACGUUCCUUUGGGUGGCGCUGCAGUACCUCUUCUUGGGGUCUGCCGAUUUGUUCAGCCUGGCGGGCCAAAUGGAGUUCUUCUUCUCGGAGGCGCCAGCCGGGAUGAGGUCCCUGGCGACGUCCCUGUCGUGGGCCUCGCUGGCGGUGGGCUAUUAUUUGAGCUCGGUGCUUGUGGGCCUGGUGAAUUGGGCCACGGGUAGGUUGCCGGGUGGGCCGUGGCUGCGUGGGAGUAAUUUGAACCGGUAUAGGUUGGAGCGGUUUUAUUGGCUCAUGUGUGGGCUGAGUGGGUUGAACUUGUUGCAGUACGUGUUUUGGGCGAGGAGGUAUAGGUACAGGGCGGCGGCGGAGGGCGGCGGAGGUGGUGGCCGGGGAGAGGAGGAGGAUGGUGAUGAGGGCGGCGCGUGA